GGUAUUUAAAUCUGUUCUGUGUUAUUGCGUGGAAUAUUGGCACAAAACACCAUUCCAAAUAAUCUUCAUAAUGUACAAAUUAAAUAAAUUGACCAGUGAUAGUUUAACUAGUUUUACGAGUUUGUUGAAAACGAAAUGGAAUGAAAUUCACAAUGAAACCGACAUAUUUCGGUAUAAAAUUGAUGAUUUGAAGGAAAGGAUUAUUGAUGGGAAAUAUUUUCUACAGUUAAACCCUGAUCGACGGUCCAAAAGAAGAACUCCUGAAGAAAUGACUAAUAUUUGUCAACCAUUCGAUGAAAACAAAUUUAACUUUAAUAAAGUUUCCUCAAAAGAGAUAUUAUUUUCUUUGGAAGGCGAAGAUGGAGACAUACACACAGUAUUGGUGAAUGUGAGUCCGAUAUCUAGGUACCAUUCAUUGCUCUGCCCAUCUGUGAACAAAUGUCUACCUCAAGUAGUUACUCUCAACAGUCUGAAGUUAGUGGUACAGAUCAUGUUCCAAAUUGAAGAUGGUGAUGUAAGAAUUGGAUUCAAUAGUAUUUGUGGUUUUGCAUCCGUCAAUCAUUUGCACUAUCAUCUGUUUGUUGAAGAAAAAACUUGGCGAAUAGAAAAUGUGACAUGGCAACACUUCAAAGGAGAAAUGUAUACCUUGGAUGAAAAUUCUACAGUACCUGCAUUUUGUUUUAAAAUACAAAAGGACUCAUGUAAUCAGACUUUGCAACAAGUUUGGAAAGUUUUAGAAUACUUUUUGAAGAAGUCUAUUGCUCAUAAUAUUCUCUUUACUAAAAGGGGAUUGGGUGAAAGGGAUGAUGUGGUGUAUUUGAUAGUUUGGCCACGGAGAAAUACUUCUGGCGCUAAACAGUUAUCUGCCUUCAAUGUAGCUGUUUUAGAGCUCAGUGGAUGGUUUCCCAUUUAUGAUGAAGAAGACUUUAAUAAUGUUGAAGCAAAAGAUCUUGAAGCAGAACUAACGAAAUGGAAAAGAGAUGAUUUUAAAACUAUUUGUGAAGAUAUCAAAAGUAUAUAAUAAUAAUACAAACAUACCAAAAAAAUAAAUAUAUGACAGUGACCUGGAAGUAUGACAUAAAAGAAAAAUAAAAA